AGCGUGCAGACUUUGACCUCAGCAUGGUGGAGGAAGGGGAGAGCGAACCGCCAGGGAAACGGCGGAAACUGAAGCUCUCACUGUCCCGAUCCAGGCCUAUUGCUGCCACAGCUUGUCAUGAUAGAACACUGCGCGCCGCAGGGCCUCGGCCUCCUGCAGCAACUGAAGACAUCGUCUCGGGGACGACGGCGACGGGAAGAGGGGAGGUAGAUACGGAUAGCACCGACUCGAAGGAGAGGGCGAGAUGGGAGAAUGGUACCGAGAGAACGGUAGUGAAGGUUUAUAGCGACGCAAAAAAGACGACUGGAGGGGAGAGCGACGAUGAGGCGUAUUUCUCUGCAAACUUCAAGUCCGUAUGCUGCAGUGUCCUUUCCGAGGACUGUCCAGAGAGACAUGUUUUUACUGAGGACGAGAGAUCUACAGUUGAACGCUUUAUGAGUCUGUCUGGUUGUGAGCAGCAGCUGUACGUGAGACUGUUUCUGAGGAAGCAUCAGUGGCUGAGAGUGGAGAAACUCAAGUACGACAGAAUAUCUGAGGACCUUGGUCCCAUCACAGCAGGACUCGUCUCCAAGAACUUCCUCCUACCAGAGAGUGAUCUGAGGGACGAAAGAGAGGCCCUGGGUCUCCUCCAGGUCUCGGAGCUGAAGCAGCUCUGCAGGGACAUGAAGAUGGCCGGCUCCCUGCAGCGCUGCACCAAGACAGAGAUCAUCAAGUCCCUGCUCUCCCACAGCCAGCAACACAGACCUCUGUUUGGGGCACCCUCCUUUCUCAAUGUCGUCUUCAAGAGAGUGAAGGCUCUACUGGGGAGGUGUGUCUGUGUGGCUCCUCAGGCAGUGGAGGUGUUCUCCAAAUGCCUUCUCCUCCAUUCUCUCACCACCUCACUCUCCUCCUCUUCUUAUUCAUCCUCAUCCUGGACUGAGGAGGGCGAAUCUGCUGCCUUCUCUGACACUGUUUACAAGAUGCUCCAGGUGAAGAUCGGGCAGGUGGUGUUCAGUGACUAUGACGUGUAUGUGACGGAGCCUCUCUUCUCAUCGCCCGAGCAGUUUUCAAGAUUUUAUGCAGCAAGUAAGGAUCUGCGUGCACUAGUGGCAGCAGUAGAGGCCAGAGAAGGCGGAGAUGAGAUACUGGCUUUGGUCAGGAGAACUAGAGACGCCUUUCAACACGAAAUAGCCGGAGGUUGUUCGGCUCGAGGGUUUAUGGAGAAGAUGACGACUGGAUGGGUCCUUGCCAAGACAGUGACUGGUGGUGUUGAGUAUCUGGAGAAGAGAGGAGACUAUGGAGGAGCGGUGGAGCUACUGGAGCUGCUGCUGAGUCAGAGUCAGUUUGGUCGCUCUCUCAGGGGCCACUGGCUGGAGAGACUGAGUCUUAACCUUGACUUCCACCUGGGAGAGAAACAGAAGUGUCUGGAGGUGAUAAAGAGGGCACUGGUAGAGGAGACUGACCUCCAUCCAGCCAGGAGACUGUCCCUGACCCAGAGAGCUCUCAAGAUACUCCAGACAAACUCCAGACACAAGAGCAGGAAAGUGGGGAAACACAGAUCACCGAUUUUGUGGUGCCAUUUUUCUCCGUUCGACUUCCCCCAGCCGGAAAUAAUACCAGCUAAAGAGGUUGUGGUUGAAGCCCAACGAUACAACAUAGACAGCAGACCACUCUACGCCGUUUCCAAGCCACGAUAACCCUGACACCUUCAACUUUGUGAGCGUGGAGGGGCUGGCCAUGCACCACUACAGCGCUGCCGAGUCCUGGCCCUGUGCCGUCCACGCCGAGAAGUCCACCUUCUCCCUCCUGUUCUGUCUCCUCAUGUGGGACACCAUCUUCUGUCCUGGUGUACCCAAUGUCUUCAGAACUAAACUACAGGCUGGGCCACUGGAUCUGUUGACUGGUGAGUUCUACACCAACAGACAGGAGCUGAUAGACUCUCGUCUCAAAUGGAUACAACUCUCCAAGAGCGAGGAGUUGUCGGGAGCAGUAGAGGAGUGUUGGGAGAGGAACCACGGUCGACUCUGUCACGGAGCUGACUGGGACGUCCUGCCAACCAUCCAGGAUGCAAAGUCUCUGGCAGUGUGUAUGGGAGGGGAGCUGCUGAGUAAGGUCUCCAGGCAGUUUGCCAUGUUCUACGGUCAGUCAUGCGGGGGACUACCUGACCUCACUCUGUGGAACCCCUCUACCAACACAUGCAAGUUUGUGGAGGUGAAGGGACCUGGAGAUAGACUCUCCAACAAGCAGAUAGUCUGGCUCUCCAGGCUGGCCUCCUGGGGUUGUCAGGUGGAGGUAUGCAGGGUCAAAGCUCAGACAAGAUGACCAACUGCAUCCACAGUGUACUUUUUACUGAGACUUUGACUAUUCACUUCUUUUAGUUAAAGACAGAUAAUCCAAUUGCCACUCUUAACUUUAGUGUAUGUUUAGUAUUCAAAUCUCAAGAGGGAGGAAUUAGUGGUCUCUUUCCAGUCACCAGCUCACAUUUCAUUGUUGCCUCUAUAUACACCACGUACUGACAUUAUAAGUUGGAGGUAUAAGAUCCUUGGUUCGUGUAGCAUUCAGCAAGAGGGUUUUCAUUGCAGCGGUUCUAUAGACACACAGCAACGUAGCUA